AUGACUACAGCCAUCGCGUCUCUCGAAAGUCUAUUCAGCAAUGCGACCGGAACAGGCGGCGAAGGCUCCGGAGGGUUCGGCUCGACCUUCGGCUUGGACUUCUUUGAAACCCAACUCGUCGAGUCCCAGAAUAAAACUACGGUCGAGGAUGUCAAUGAUGACCUGAAGAUCGAAGUCGAAUUAUACAAGAAUGCACUCGAAGCAGCCCAACAAGCAGUUCGUAAGUUCGAAUCGAACUCGAAGCCAUUCUUCCGACCGCCGGACUACUUUGCCGAGAUGAUCAAGUCGGAUGCCCACAUGGAGACCAUCCGACUCCGACUGGUUGAGGAAGCAGAAGGCCUCAAGGCUUCAGAGGAAGCUAAGAAAAAACGGGAAUUGAAGAAGUUCGGGAAGGCUAUCCAGGUCGAGAAUAAACUGCAACGUGAGAAGGAGGCGAAACGGAUGAAAGAAGGCGUUAAGGAACUCCGCAAAAAGCGUAAGGAUGUUACCAAGCUGGAUGGCCAGGAUGAGCAAGAGUUUGACAUCGCGGUGGAGGAGACGCUGUCGGGAAACCCGAAGAAGCGAGCAGGAGGGCCAUCGGGAUCCGGAAAAGAUUCGGAGGGACGCAAGAAGACCCGGACGGCGCGGGAGCACAAGUUUGGACGGCCGAAGCCGAAGGGCGUGACUGGGCGACGAUGGAAGGAGAACACCAAGUCCAGUGCGAGCUCGUUUGAGGGCAUGGGCGGUAAGGGCGACGGAAGGAUCUCCAGCGGCACCGGCCGCGGCAGAGGGCAAAUGCGGAUGUCCGGUCUUCUAGAAACCGGGAAGCAAAGGGGGAGCGUGGUGAUGAGUGAGAACGACGGAUCGAGUUACAUGCAGUACAGCGAUGAUACCGAGGAGCCAUUACUGGGCCAAGACCGCACGAAGACACGCGCCUCAUCCCGAGAAGAUGAGGAUGACUACAGCCACCUACUAGAUUCGGGCACGGGGAUGAUGGCCGGGGUGGCGAACAUGGCCAACAGCAUCCUGGGCGCCGGGAUCAUCGGGCUGCCGUAUGCACUCAGGAACGCGGGCUUCGUCACAGGAACACUGAUGGUCGUCGUCCUGGGCAUCGUCACCGAUUGGUCGAUCAGACUCAUCGCCCUGAAUAGCAAAAUGACCGGCCAACGAUCAUACAUCGGCAUCCUCGAACAAUGCUUCGGCUUCCCUGGAAAGGCCGCCGUCUCCUUCUUUCAGUUCAUCUUCGCUUUCGGUGGCAUGUGCGCUUUCGGCGUCAUCGUUGGUGACACAAUACCACCGGUACUUUCGACAUUAUUUCCGUUUGUGUCGAGGUCCAAAUGGUUCUCAUUCCUAUUCUCGCGAUCAUUCGUCAUCACCUUCUUCACGAUCACCGUCUCGUAUCCCUUAUCGCUUUACCGGGACAUCGGCAAACUGAGCAAAGCUAGUGCUAUGGCACUCUUGAGCAUGGUGAUGAUUGUUUUUUCUGUCGCCCUUGGUGGUCCUUCAGUUGACCCAAAGCUGAAAGGCAAUCCAUCUGCCCGAUGGACGUUCAUCCAACCUGGGAUAGUGGAAGCCAUUGGUGUUAUCAGCUUCGCUUUCGUCUGCCAUCACAAUUCCCUACUGAUAUAUGGCUCACUAAGAACACCCACAUUGGACCGGUUCGCCCAAGUAACCCAUGUGUCUACAGCAUUAUCAGUGAUUGCAUGCUUAGUCAUGUCAUUUUCGGGCUUUCUCACUUUCACUGAUCGCACCGAAGCUAACAUUCUCAAUAACUUUCCGCGGGAUGACUUGGUUAUCAACAUCGCUCGGGUGUGUUUCGGACUGAAUAUGUUUACAACGUUACCCUUGGAGUGUUUUGUUUGUCGCGAGACAAUCGACAUAUUCUUUUAUCCCGAUGAGAUGUUCAAUCUAAGAAGACACGUCUUAUACACCACUCUAUUGGUAGGAAUCGGCAUGUUGCUUUCACUAUGGACAUGUGACCUGGGAGUAGUCCUAGAACUAACAGGAGGACUCGCAGCGUCGGCAUUGGCCUAUGUUUUCCCAGCUGCUUGUCAGCUUAAGCUGUCGACGAAAUCCGGCUCCAUCUUCGAGAGAGAAAACUGGGCCGGCCUGUUGACUGUCGCCUUCGGCUUGGGCGUCAUGGCCAUCAGCACUGUCAACUCCCUCUCCAAGGCUCUCGAUCCUAAUCGCGUGCCCAAAGUUUGCCUGUGA